CAGUCGAGGCGAGUCGGCCUUGCCGUGAGGUUGGGACGAGCGCGGUGCACGAGCAGGUGCGUGUGUUUGUGCGUGCGUGUGUGCGAUGGCGGCGAUGGCGUCGUGCUACCCGGGCUUCGAGCUGGCCCCCGCGGCGCGCCACAAGGACUACAGCCGGCCGCUGCACGUGGACUGCAGCGUGGAGUACGAGCUGCCGAACCAGGCCAAGCCGCCAGAGGGCGCGCGCAGCGAGCCGCUGCUCAUGAUCCACCCGUGCUACUACCGGCGCGCCGAGAGCCAGCGCCGCAGCCCCUUCAUCAACAACCUGCCGUCGGCGAGCUCGCGGCGCGCGGUGCAGCUGCCGCAGUACCAGCUGCACGCCGUGCGCUACGUGGACCCCCACGCCCGGCAGCUGCCGCCCGCCGCCUGGGCCCAGCAGCGCGACCCGCUGCUCUGCGGCGCGGACUUCAGCUCGGGCUCGGACAGCGGCGUGAGCGCCGGCCAGUGGACCGACUCGGAGCGCAGCCCCGCCGCCCCCGCGGCCCCCGCCGCCCCCGCCGCCCCCGCCGCCCCGCCGGCGCGCGGGCCCGACAGCGGCGUGGCCAGCCCCGUGGACGACAAGGCCGUGCUGUCAGAGCUGCUGGCGUCCACGUGCGGAGCCGCCCCCGAGGUGAACAACAACCUGAGCCUGGCGCCCAAGGAGGCGGUGCCCCGCCACCAGCAGCCCGCCGUGGGCGUGGCGGCGGUGGCCGCCGCCCCCUGCACGUCGUGCCGCCCCGGCUUCCUCGCGCCGCCCGCGCCCUACCAGCAGCCGUGGGCGGGCGUCACGGCGCCGGCCGCCCCCGCGCCCCCGGCGCUGCACCAGGCGGCGGCCGUGGGGCGGCACCGGGGCGCGCGCGCCGCCGUCGAGCCGGGGCCCGAGCAGCGCGCCGCCGCCCGCCGCGCGUCCGCCGCCUCCUGGGGCGGGGGCGGGGGGGCGGCCAAGCGCAGCCGCACCGCGCAGGCGCAGUUCCUGCAGCCCGCCGCCCCCGAGCGCGGCGGCUGGGCGCAGUGCACGCCGUGCGGCGAGGAGUGCAAGGCCUGCUGCCUGCGCUCGGAGCAGCAGCAGCAGCAGCAGGGCGCGAGCGAGGACGCCUCCAGGAUACUCUGGAACAACGAGAACAUGUUGCGACUGUUCCAGGUGUAG